GCAAAAAGGCAUCAUUGGCAAAAAAUUUUAAUGGUUUCAUACUCUCAACAACGCAAUCAACAACUUUAGAAAUUAAUCCAAAUCUGCCAUCAUCAAAAGAACUCUUGGAUUUAUCCAAUAAAAUUAUUCAUCAACAUAUAUCAUCUGUUUCUGAUACAUAUUUGAUGACAAAUCUACAAAAUAUCAACACAUCUGAACAAUCAUUGGGAGAGGUCAAGUACUACUCCACAAGAGUCGUAAUAAAAGGACUUAAUCAAGAAGGAAAUCUAUGGUACAAUUCAUGCAGUACAUGUAAAUCAAAAAUUUCUAUUAUUGAUGGUAUUGCGAAUUGUUCAAAAUGCUCAAAAGAAAAUCCUGAAUAUAGUUUGAGGUAUCUUAUCAAAUUACGUGUUGAGGAUAUUAGUUCAACUGCAAUAUUUACAGUUUUUGAUAAUGAAGUUGAACAACUUAUUGGCAUGCCAGUUACAAAUUUAGAGAAAAUAAAGGCAUCCAAUAUAGAAGAUUAUAAUAACAUUAUCACAAAUAUUUGUGAUAAGGAGCUGAUAUUCUCAGUAAAGGUUCAAGAUAAAGAAUAUGGAAAUCGAAGCUUUCGUUCAAUUACAGUUCAAUCAAUAAAAGAAAUAUCUGAUGAAGUUAUUGAGAUCGAACCUAAAAGAAUCAAAUUAGAAGAGCUUUAAACUUUCAUCAUUAUUCAUGUUUAACAUACAUAUUUAACUCUUGAUACUCUAGAUAUUUAUUUCUUAUUUCU